ACAGUCAUCUCUGACUUCCUGCUUAUGGGCUUUUCUGAGCACCCAGAGCAGCAGCCUCUCCUGUUCACACUCUUCUUGGCAAUGUACCUGGUCACCCUGUUGGGGAAUCUGCUCAUCAUCCUGGCCAUUGGCUCUGACCCACACCUCCACACACCCAUGUACUUCUUCCUGGCCAACCUGUCCUUCAUCGAUACCUGCUGCACCAGCACCAUUGUCCCCAAAGUAUUGGCCAAUAUCCAAACCCAGCUUCGCACCAUCUCCCACACUGGGUGCCUUCUGCAGAUGUAUUUCUUCAUGGUCCUGGCCUUGCUGGAUGAUUUCCUGUUGGCUGUGAUGGCCUAUGAUCGCUAUGUGGCCAUUUGCCUUCCUCUGCAUUACACCACUAUCAUGUGUCCCCAAAGAUGCCUGUUUCUGGUGGCCACAUCCUGGCUCUGCUCCAACCUCAUGGCCUUUUCACUUAUACUCCAGAUGGUUCAUGUCUCCUUCUGUGCCUCUCAUUCCAUCCCACACUUUUUCUGUGAUCUACUCCCACUCCUCAAGCUUGCUUGCUCAGACACCCAGACCUUUCAGCUCAUGAUGUUUGCUGAAGCUGCCCUCUCGGGUGUGGUCCCUCUCAUCUGUGUCCUGGUCUCUUAUGCCCACAUCAUGCACACCAUCCUCAGGAUCCCCUCUGCUGAAGGAAAGUACAAAGUCUUCUCUACCUGUGGCUCACACCUGACUGUGGUCACUCUGUUCUAUGGAACUGUCUUUCUGGUGUAUUUCCAGCCAUCAUCCUCCUACUCUGCAGACACUGGAAUAGUGGCAUCUAUUGUUUAUACAAUGGUCACCCCCAUGCUCAACCCUUUUAUCUACAGUUUGCGGAACAAGGACAUGAAGAGAGCUCUGUGGAAACUUGUUGGUUUGGGGAAGCACUGUAAUUUGUAA